CCUGUAUUCUAAUGAAGGGGCUGUGCCGGGUGCUCUGGGAGGGCUGACUCCCUGGAAUCCCAGUAUGGCUUGGCUUGUGUGUCAGGCUGUUUGUCUGGGUUUAAAUGAACAAAUGCCUGGGACUACACCGAGCUGAGACCCUGCUAGGGAUCCUAUUACAACCUCUGGAUUUGCAAAUGCUCUCCUCCUGAGAAGGAUAAAGGUUCGAUGAUGUAAUGAUCGUGUUUUGGGAAAGAAGAUUACAAAGGUUUACAGUGCGUUAAUACUGAAGAAGCAGAAAAGAAGCAAACACUGAGUGAGAAGAUUUGUGCUCCAUGCAGAAUGAGUUCUGAUAAUGAAGUUAGCAUAUCCAACAAUGUGGUCAACGGAAUAACGUCAAAUUGCAACAUGCAAGACAAAGCAGACGACUCCCCUUUAAGUACACGUUCAUGCUCUGCUAUUACAAUCAUUCCCGUGAAGGCAGCGCAAAACUUUCCUGAUCUUGUGCCAACUCCAGAAGUGGAUCCUACUAAAGUAUGUGCAGGAAAGGGAGCUGUGACCCUCCGGGCAUCCACAUCUCAUGGGGACAUCCAGAAAAGUAGAUCCACAAUGGAGAUUGAGCUUUCGCCAAGUGAAUUGCCGACCGAAAGCGAGCCAGAUGAUAGGCCUCCUUCAGUAGCUGAAUCUAAUGGGGAUUCUCAGUCCUCCGCACUGGCUGCCAAAGGAUUUCGAAGCGUGCGUCCUAACCUCCCAUCUGAAUACAAGCUGCAGAAAGCUCUCCCUCCUCCAAUCCCUCCUCCUCCCAAAGAGGAGAGUUUUGCAUGGCGCCCACAUACUAACACUAAGUUUUCUUACCUAAAACCAGUGCCGAUUUUGGAUGGGCUUUACCUUAGUGCUCCCAAGCCCUAUACACCGCAUGUUACGGGUGCUCCUCACUAUCCUGCCACCUGCGUCUCUGCUUUUAACCCAAAAAUCUCCGCAGACCACCCUAACAUCCCUGCGCCUCACUCUGAAGUUCAGCAUGUGGAUAGUAGUUCCCUGUUGCCAAACACGUCACCACAACACCAGCCCAGUGACUCAAGCGGCACGGUCAGAAGUGUUGCUGGAAUGAAUUUGAGUCAUGAGCCCAAAGCCGAUAAAAAGGUCAGCAGUCUAUAUGUAGCUUGUUUAUCUAACAGCACUGGCCCAGCUGCAUCUGAAAAUCCCACCAGCAUUGCACAUGACAGAACAGAGGGUGCUGAAUUGGGAGCUGAUGUAACUAAAUCACCAGCCACAAACAUUGUUCCUUCAAUAAUAGACACCGGAAAAUCCCCACCUCCCAUCCCUCCCAGACCAUUCUUUGACCCCAUCCCAAGUAAAGACUCUAUUAGAGAUGGUGAAAUAGAUACUUUCUGGAGUCAAUGUCCUCUUCAUCGAGAAAUGGGACGCACAGAGCCAGAUACACAGCAUCCUGCCGGUCGUGUCAACAUGACUGCAAAGGAACCCUACUAUACAUCAAAGCCUAAACAGGCCCCAGGGGCGCAGAGAUUCCAUGGCAUGGAUGCCACUUCAGUCACAGCUCAGCCUGAGGUUAUAGUAGUCCCACUCAUCCAGGUUAAAGUUGAAAGAGGGCAAGAAUCCACCUCGAGCACUCCACCGCCACCUCUUGUUCCUGCUGGCAAAUUCUCAGCCUCCCCAGAACUUGUCACCUCUAACUUGGCUUUUCCGACACUUGAUGAUUUUAUUCCCCCUCAUCUGCAGAAGGGAUCAAAUCCCAGCUCUCCCAGUUUUUUUUCUUUAUCAUACAAUCUACCGUUUUGCUCUCCGCCUCCUUCACUGGUUCCUCCGGUAGCGGAGGACUCACACAGAGUCUCGGGACUUGAUAACAGUGGAGCCGUCUUACACACAGAGCUGCUGGCAGAUGACCUUCCGGUUCCAAGCUUGAGCAAUGAUAAACCUUUCACCUUUGCUCCCAUAAGCAAACCUUCUGUGUAUCCAUCUACUACCAUUGUAAAUCCCACCAUAGUCCUUUUGCAGCACAAUAGAGAGCAGCAAAAACGGCUUAGUAGCUUGCCAGAUCCUGUGUUAGAUGGCUCUCCCAAUGAGAAAGCAGAGCCAGUGACGUUCCAGGAGAGAAAACGUCUGGAUAAUCCUUCAGAGCAGAAAACGUCAUUGGAGAAUACAAGAAGAGAGGUCCGCUCGCCCUAUUACACAGGAGAAAUGUCAGCAGAUGAAAUCGGCAUACCACUCCGGAACACUGAAAGAUCGAAGGACUGGUACAAGACCAUGUUCAAGCAGAUUCACCGACUUAAUAGAGAUACUCCCGAUGAAAACCCUUAUACCCCCACUUACAUAUUUCCUGAGCUUCCUGAAGUUAAACCUCAAGCAGAAGAUGAUGAUUCAGAUUCUUAUCCAAACUACGGACGGCAUUCAUAUAUAGAAGAUGGAAAAUCUCAAGCUUCAGUACCUCGUUCGAAGAGUGAGAUGGAUAACAUUGACAUGGACAAAAAUGUCCGCAGAUCCAUCACAUUACCUCUACCGACUCGCUCUUCUUCACUGAAGCCAAGCCAUGAAAGGAAUGAUUGGGAUCCCCCAGACAAGAAGGUCGACACCAGAAAAUACAGAGCGGAGCCAAGGAGCAUUCAUGAGUACCAGCCUGGGAAAUCCUCUGCCCUCGUCAAUGAGAAGAUGACUCGGGAUAAAAGUCCAGAAGAGGUAGAUUUAAAGAAUGAACCUUGGUAUAAAUUCUUUUCGGAAUUGGAAUUUGGGAAACCGCCUCCAAAAAAGAUUUGGGAUUAUACUCCGGGGGAUUGCUCUAUCCUUAAAGUAGAGGAUAGGAAGACUGAGCUAGAGAAAGACCUCUAUCGGUACGAGUCUGAGUUAGAUGCAGAUAUAGAGAGAAUGGACAAGUGUUAUAAAGCUUCCAAUAAAAUGAACGCAGGAGGGAGCCGUCCGGACGACCUUCCAUCCUACUCAUAUAUACCCAGCUACGACUUCAACUGCGCCAAAGAGACUUCCCCGGAGCCUCCGCUCUCUGAGAAUGAAAGGCAGAUCUAUAAAAAUGUUUUAGAAGGAGGAGAUAUUCCGUUCCAGGGACUGAGCGGCCUGAACAGACGCCCCUCCAGCUCUGCCUCCAAUAAAGAUUCAGAAUCUCCAAGACAUUUUACCCCACUCGAAUACAUGGAUCACCCUGAAGAACUUGUGCGUAGGCGUUAUGACAGCAAAGAGAAACUUUUAGAGGAUCAGCGAAGACUUAAACGUGAGCAAGAAGAAGCUGAUAUUGCUGCUAGGAGGCACACUGGGAUUGUCCCAUCUCAUCACCAGUUUAUCACUAAUGAACGAUUUGGAGAGCUCCUUAAUGUAGACGAUUCAGCAAAGAGGAGAUCUCGGUCUGAGAUGACACAAGCAAGAGCAAAGUUUGACUUCAAAGCACAGUCUCUGAAGGAAUUGCCGCUCCAGAAGGGUGAUAUAGUUUAUAUUUACAAGCAAAUAGAUCAAAACUGGUUUGAAGGCGAGCACCAUGGAAGGACGGGAAUCUUCCCGAUUUCCUACAUUGAGAUACUCCCACAAACCGAGAAAGCACAGCCACAGAAGCCUCCACCGGUGCAAGUUUUGGAAUAUGGAGAAGCUGUGGCCAAGUUUAACUUUAAUGGAGAUACGGCAGUAGAGAUGUCAUUUAAAAAGGGUGAAAGGAUAACCUUGAUCCGCAGAGUAGAUGAAAACUGGUAUGAAGGAAAGAUAUCUGGCACCAGCCGUCAGGGUAUAUUCCCGAUAACCUACAUAGAUGUCCUGAAGAUGCCACGUGUAAAAAAUUCACCCGAUUAUAUGGAUCUUCCAUUUUCAUAUUCCCCAAAUAGAAGCACAAGUGCUUCCCCACAGUCUCCUAGCUAUGCCAGGCCACGUACUACUACUCCACCUGAUGUCUCUCGCAGAGCUUUCUCUCCAGAAGUGCAGACUAUCACAUCUGAAUGGAUUUCCCUAACGAUGGGUGUUUCCCGCAAUAGCGGAUAUACCUCAACCCCCCCACUUCCUCCUUUACCCGAAGCCAUGCUUUGUGCCAUAGACUACAUAAGUCCCUCAGCAGCUGCCAGCCCUACCUUGUCUUUAACACCAUCUGUCAGCCUCCAUUACUGUAAUGUCUCCGGUAGAUCCACCCCGAACUCUGGCCUGUCUUCAGUGCUCACGUACCCAUCCAGGCCACAGUCUUCUACUAGAAUCAGUUAUGUCAUCUCUCCACACAGUGAUGAGAAGUUUGCCAGUUCAGCUUCCAGUUAUGGAGGCUCUCCGGUGCAGAUGACUGCACCUCACGAUAUUCUGAUUUCAGAGCUCACUGACGUUUUACGUAAUCAGCACACCCCCAAGAGCGAUGUUUGUUCAAUAGAAAAUGGUGAUCAUGACAUUUGGAAGGCAUCAAAUGGUAGAAUUAGAGACACCCAAGCAAUGCCAUGUGUAAGUGGAUGUGCAGGAAUAGAUACUAAAGCAAACGCCCAUUCCUCUGACGAGAGCCAGUUGUGUAAAGUACAUCUUGGUAGUGUUGGCCAGGAGGAUUUGAAAAGACCUCAGGGCAGUCCCAUUAAGACCACAGACACAAUGCCACUGUCUUCAUCUGUCUAUCCUUCUGCACUGUCUUCCUGUCCUGUCACAAAUCAGCCACCUCCCAGGCUUAGAGGCAGGGUCAGUGUGUCACAGGUAACCAGCUGCUGCUGGAUUCGUCUAGCUUGCUGCUUGAACAUGAGAAGGCCCUUGCUCACAAGCUGCAUGCUCUGCCUUUAACCUACCGCCGCCUUCUCAUCCCGAUCAGCAUAUACAACUAUGCAAGAGCGCCAUGAUUCAUGUGACCAGAGAAUCGCUUGCAAAUCUACAUACUAAUAUCUCAAAACCAUCUCUGAAUUGUAUGUGAAUGGUUUUGAACAUUAUGGUCUAGACAAGAAUUUACCUAAGGCCUAGUUUACACUUCAGUGAUCUGGUCAGUGUUUGAUCAGUGAUUUCCAUCAUUGAUUGGAGCCAAGACCAGGAGUGG